AUGAAACCCAUCAUAGCAGUCUCCGUCGCUCAGCUGUGCUUUGCUUCGGGCAUCCUUGGCAGGACGUUUACCGUCAGAAACAACUGCCCGCUGACGAUCUGGCCAGCCUACUUCACGAACCCCGAUUCGCCCACCCAGCUCACCAGCCAAGCCGCCGGCUGGGAGGCGCCCAGGGACAGCCAGGCGAGCUUCCAGGUCCCCGAUGGCUGGGCGGGCAGAUUUUGGGGCAGAAGAAACUGCGACUUUUCCAGACCAGGCCCGACUUCCUGUGCCACCGGAGGCUGUAACGGAGGCUUGGUCUGUGACGCCAGCACUGGAUCGGGAGUUCCUCCGGCGACUCUGGCCGAGUUCAAGUUAAACGGCGAGGGCGAGAAAGACUUCUACGAUAUCUCGAAUGUCGACGGGUACAACUUGCCUGUGUCGAUUAGCAACAACAAGGAGUGCCCUGCUCCGACCUGCAGGCCAGACUUAAACCCGGACUGCCCCGACGAAAGGAUGAAGGUCAAGGACGUAGAGGGCGUCGUCAUUGGCUGUCUCUCCGCCUGCCAGGCUAACUUGGACGGCACCCACGACGAUUCGGCGAAUUGCUGCACCGGCAGUCACGAUAGACCAGACACCUGCCCCCCAAACGGAGUGCAACAUUACGACUACUUCAAAGGGCUAGCUGCAAUAUUCCUAUACGCGACUAUAUUUAUCUGA